AUGAUGAGGUAGACAAUGUGGCAAGGUCGAUGUCAUCAUGCUAGUCUACUGAUCAUCCCCCCAGUGGUUACGGGAAUUCGUCUUACUUCGUAUAAAUGUUUGUCGAUCAUUGCACGCUUCACACCUCAAGACUUGUCAACGAAGGUAAGUGAUUGUAUCUCCAUUCUUGGUUCAAAGAUGAAGUCGUUUAUCAUCCUCGUGUCUCUGGCAGUUGCCUUUGCGUCAGAUUUUGAAAUGAAGAUUGAUGAGGGAGGCAAGGAAUUCUCGGAGAAAAUCAAAAUCGACAUAGACCAAAAGACCGAGGAAGUUGAUGUUCCAGCUCAUGGUGAUAGGGCUGCAGUUGAUGUCUUAAGUGACUUCAAUGUUGGUCUUUCUGCUUCCAAAAGAGUCGACCUUAAAACAUGUUUCAUCGAAGCAAUCUCCAAGGAUUUGGAAUCACCUGUCAAGAUGGACAUCAGCAUGAGGCUGGCCAAAGCAGAAUUCCCAAAAUCAAGAUACGCAGUCGUGAACCAAAGAUCUAUCAAGAUUGGAGAAUUGAAUGAAGCUGAAGUUGGCGAGAAAAUCGCAGCUCACUGUGCAGGCUACAAGAUGAUUCAGGUUGUCGGCUUUGUAACGAGCAAUCUCGAUCAUGCUGUCCUCGAAUACAUUAAAGCCAAACAGAGAUCUGGAAAGUCAAAGCGUGACGUCGUUACAACAUUCACCUCAUGCCGAAACGACAGCACCAACGUCCUUGAAACUUGCCCUCCGAGCCGACUUGCCACUUCAUGCAAAUUUAUAAGGAAUGAUGGAAACACAUGUACCUACAGAAUCACUUGCAAUGCCACCCCCACAGGCUUCGAUUGUAUCGGUCAACAUCGUUUCAGCUCAAUGGUUUGCUGCGAUUUCCUUUGCCGUUAAACCUACGAUAAUGACAUCAAAUAGAUGCAAUGUGCUUUAUGAUUAUAUUUCCUUUAUCUAUUACUGAUGUAUUUGUUACCUGUCAAUAUCUGAUAUAAAUACUAUAAUUGAA